AUGUCCACUUGGGGUUGGCAUAACUCGUCAUUACCGACAACCCCCAACCAGACUUCUGUAAACGAUUACACCGGAUUGGACUGGUGGACUCCACCGCUUGAUUUCUCUGAUGAUGGGCAACUCGUGAACUACGCACAGCCGAACCCUGCUGAGAACGACAUAUCAACUUGGUUGAUACAGAAUCCUCAGCGGCUGAAUCUCGGAAACAUAGGAUUCUGGUUCGGCGGUGCGAAUGUAACCGAGGACGAUCUCGAGGACAAAUCCCAGGUCCUUGACCUGUGGACCGGAACGAUCUUCUCGAAUUUCUCGUACAACGGAAGCAUGGUCACGGUUGAGGUACGAGCAGCACCUGAUACCGACACUGUUGGUAUUAGCGUUGAGUCUGAUCUGGUCCCCACUGGUGCUCUCGGUUUAUUCCUUGACUUUCCAUACUCGGACGUCAACAAGUUUGAUGCUCCUUUCGUAGGAGUAUGGAAUGCUACAAGCAACCACUCGACAUCUCUCAGUACUACGGGCAAUCAAGCCACCAUUCUACACACGUUAGACAACAAUAGUUACUCUUUGACGGCGGAUUGGGAAGGCGACGGAAAGAUCACCGAGCCAGAUGACGGGAGUCAUCGUUAUUUCCUCACAGUCUCUGGAUCAAGACAACUGAAAAUGACUGCGACCUUCUCCACAGAUGGAGUGACGGCCCAAAAGUCUCUUGAUGAUUUGGUUUUUGAAUCACAGUCUUGGUGGGAGUUGUAUUGGAAUUCAGGGGCUUUCAUAGACCUGACUUCUGUUGGCACGGCGAAUGCGACCGAGCUACAGCGACGAAUCAUCCUCUCACAGUAUCUCCUGGCCGUAAAUUCGGCGUCUUCCUUCCCACCACAGGAAUCGGGGCUUGUCAACAAUGGAUGGUACGGCAAAUUUCACCUCGAGAUGGUCUUUUGGCAUCUCGUACACUUUGCCCGCUGGAACCACUUUGACCUGGUUUGGCGAAGCAUACCGAAGAUGUACGACCAGUUCCUCCAAUCCUCGUACGAAAGGGCCGCUUCGCAGGGAUACAAAGGUGCGCGCUGGGGGAAGAUGACGGACCCGAGUGGGCGAAGUGCUCCGGGAGAGAUUAACUCCCUGUUGAUUUGGCAGCAGCCACAUCCAAUGUACUUCGCCGAGGUAGAAUACCGCUCCUUUCCCAACGACACAACUUUGGAGAGCUGGGACGAAGUACUCACAGCAUCGGCCGACUUCAUGGCUUCUUUUGCCUGGUUCAACCACUCAACCGGUGUGUACAAUCUUGGGCCGCCGAUGUACCCCGUAUCGGAAAACACGAACCCAAAUGCGACGAUCAACCCGACGUUCGAGCUUGCGUACUGGCGAUUUGGGCUUGACGUUGCUAUUAAGUGGAAGGAGCGCCAGGGACAGUCUGUUCCGGAUGACUGGGUCGCUGUCAGGGACAAGCUUGCUCCCUUGCCUGUGGUUGACAAUACAUAUCCUGUGUAUGAAGGCAUUCCAAACAUGUGGACCGAUAAUGCAACCACGAAUGAUCAUCCCGCGAUGGCUGGAAUCUACGGCUGGCUACCUCCUCCAAUGAGCGGUCCACCGUUGAACCUGACGAUAGUCCAGAACACGGCCGACAAGAUCCUAGAGCUCUGGGACCUGGAAGAGUCCUACGGAUGGGAUUUCUCUCUGUUGGCUAUGAACUCUUUGAGGCUAGGAGAUGUAGAUCAAGCUGUUGCAUACCUCCUCCAUCCCGUAUUCCAAUUCGACGACGCAGGGUACCCAGUGGGAGGGUCUCGUGUUCCGACACCGUAUUUCCCUAAUGCGGCAUCUCUGCUACUUGCGACAUCCAUGAUGGCAGCGGGAUGGGAUGGAGAGCCGGGCCCGCAUUUCCCAGAGAAUUGGGAGAUAAAAGUUGAGGGUUUCACUCCUGGAUUGUAG